GCGGGCGUAGGCUAGGAGUCCGGGUCAGAGUUUAGGGCUUUCAAAUUGCAACUUGCCUCUGGGGCUUGCAUGGCCGAUGUUUAAAUCGCCUAGUCAAGCGAACCGGCUCCCUCUUGCUUCAGCAAACCCUGACAGACGUCUCCUAUUUGACUUGAGGCAGCAUAGUGGCCAAGUCGAUUGGCCGUGGCAAGUGACCCUCCCCGUAGCUGAAGUGUUCUAAGGACUGGAGAGGGGCGCGCCAUGCUUGCCCCCUGCUCAAGUUGGGAGCUUGGCUGCCUCCGUCUCUGUCUCCGUCAGGUCCGAUUGUGGGCUGGCACUGGGCGCUGGGCUUCCUGGGCUUGCCAAGCCAGGCCGUACGGCUCAGGUCGGGGCAAGCGCUGGCCCGGAUCGGAGGCUGAGGUCCCUCCGCCUGGCCCGGCGCGCCGGACUCUGAAGGAGUGGACGCUGCAGGUGAGCCCGUUCGGUCGGCUGCGGGCGCGGCUCCCGUGCCACCUGGCCGUGAGGCCCUUGGACCCCCUCACCUACCCGGAUGGCGACCGCGUGCUGGUCGCGGUGUGUGGCGUGGAGGGCAGCGCGCGGGGCCUGGACGGCCUGCAGGUGAAGUACGACGAGGCUCUGGAGGAGAUGGCCAUUUUGUCUGACACUAUCGACCCCCAGGCGUUCGUGGAGGUGAACGCGCCCCUGAAGUUUGGUUUAGAUAUCAAGUCAUCAGGGUCUGGCUGUGUAAAAGUUCAAAGUAUUGAGUGUGAUAAUUGCAAAAUUGAAACAGAGCAUGGGACUAGCGUCUUGCAGUCUGUUAAGGGUCAAAAAUUGCAUGUUCAAACAAAAGGAGGCAAAGUGAUCUGUCUGGGAACAGUUUAUGGAAAUAUAGAUAUUCAUGCAUCAGAUAAAAGUGCUGUUACCAUAGAUAAACUGCAGGGAAGUUCUGUUACUAUAUCUACUGAAGAUGGUUUGCUGAAAGCCAAGUAUCUUUAUACAGAAUCAUCAUUUCUGUCUUCUGCUGCUGGGGAUAUUACAUUAGGAAGUGUUCAUGGUAAUAUAACAUUACAAAGCAAGAUGGGUAACAUCACAGUAGAUUCAUCUUCUGGAUGUCUAAAAGCCUCAGCUCAUCAGGGUGCUAUAGAUGUUUAUGUCAGUCAACUGGGGACAGUGGAAUUGAAAUCCCGUGAAGGUUCUAUUAUUGUCAAGGUUCCAUCUUCACUUGAAGCUCAUUUACAGUUAUCAGGGAAAGAGGUUGAUGUGAACUCAGAAGUCCAUGUUCAGGAAAUGACUGAAGCUCAUAAAGAUGAUGUUGUAACAGUGACUGGACUCAUGAAUCAAGCAAGCAAACGUGAAAAAUGGAUUAAGGCUGAUGCCCCAAAAGGCACUGUAAGUUUUAGAAGGCAAAGUUGGUUUCAGUCCCUGAAACUGCAGGACUAAGACUGAUUUGAUUUGGAUUUAUGAUUUUUAACAAUGAUUCGCAGAUCUGUGACUACAAAAAUGUAAAUCCCACCGUUCAUAUAAAGGUUGAAAACAACAAAUUGAGAAUGAAUACUGGUGAACUGUUUUGGGAGGCUUUUUCAAAAUGUGUACUUUGCUAUUGUUUUCAUUUUCUACUGCUGUAUAACAAAUUACCACAAAUUUAGCAGCAUAAAAUAAUACUCAUUUAUAG